CGAAGGGUGCCUGGCAACACAAGCGUAGCGAAGGAAAAGAAGGGGCAGACCGACCGCAUUCUCAGGCUCCUUUCUUUCCCACCCAUAUCGCUCCGAGGUGAACGACGAGACCGGCCUUCUCAGCUCGUGCGCGAUCAUAAGGUGGAAGACGCUGUCGAGCGACUCCCCUCCACCAGCGAGCAGUGUCACCCUCCUUCUUCUCUAGAUCCGUCUGGACCAAAGUGUUCGCUCUCGCUCAACACUAGAACAGCAGCAACGUCAAGGUGCUCUUGAGCGUCUUUCACUUGUGUCUCCCCCUUCGAUUCACUCCACCGGCACUUCGACCAUUCCUCUUUUCAUUCCUUUUCUGCUCUAGAGCAACCACAACACGCAAGAAGCGAACCGCCACAUGUUCCGCACAAAGUCGAACCAGAGCACCGCUUCCAAAGCUUCCAAAUUGAGCAAGAAGGAGGUCAAGAUGCAGAUGCAAAGGGACCCCCAAUCGGGCCGGCCAGGUCACCUCGACCCAGGCCAGGAGCACCAAGUCAAGAAGUUUAGACAGAUCAUUGAGGAAAAGGGAUUGUAUAAUCCUGAGCGACACGACGAGGCAUGCAUCUGCCGUUUUCUCCGUGCUCGCAAGUGGGACCUAGACGCAUCGCUGGCCAUGUUCGAGGCCUCAGAGGCUUGGCGAAAGGAUUUCAAGGUUGACGAGCUCUAUCAUUCCUUCGAGUACCCUGAAAAGGAGAAGGUGGACCAAUUUUAUCCACAAUACUACCACAAGACGGACAACGAUGGCCGGCCGCUGUACAUUGAGCAGCUGGGAAAGCUGGACAUCAAGGCAUUGUAUCAGGUCACCACGCCUGAACGCCAGCUGCAGAAGCUCGUCGUCGAGUAUGAGAAGUUCCAGCGAGAAAGAUUGCCCGUGUGCACCCACGAGAGAGGCGAGCUUGUUGAGACGAGCUGCACAAUCAUGGAUCUCAAGAACGUCGGCGUGAGCCAGUUCUGGAAAGUCUCCUCCUACGUCCAGCAGGCCAGCAACAUUGGCCAGCACUACUAUCCCGAGACUAUGGGCAAAUUUUACAUCGUCAACGCACCUUACAUCUUUACUACCGUCUGGUCUGUCAUCAAGGCAUGGCUGGACCCUGUCACGGUGGAGAAGAUCAAGAUCCUUGGCUCGGGCUUCGAGAAGGAGCUGAUGGAGCAGAUUCCCCCAGAGAACCUGCCACACGCACUGGGGGGCAAGUGCGAUUGCCCAGACGGAGGCUGCUCGCUGUCGGACGCAGGGCCGUGGAACACCGAGGAAGGGAGAAAGAUCCUCGCGGAGGUGCGCAAAGAGGAGGCCCGAAAGCGAGACAACCACGAAACCCAAGCACCCAAUGGCAAGUGAUGGCGCCAACCCCCGCGCGUGCAUCCUCUGCUCUUCUCUUCAUCUCGCUCCGUCCCUUCUUCCCCGACUCACCCGUCCAACCCUCACUUGAUCUUUGCGCUCGCUAAUAUAGACUCAGCGUUCUAGCCUCCCCUCUCCCCUCUUUCCUCAUGCUGCUAUCCAUAGUACUCCCACUCUCCCUUCUCGCGACGAUCAAUAAGAGAACCUGUGAUCGAACAUGCAUGGAAUCAGUGCGAUCAUUGAUUCGGCGUAGCGCGGGGUUGUCGAAUGCAGGACGGACGCGCCAUGUAAAUGCAAGCGUUCCUUGCUAUUUUUGCGCGUUUACGCCGGAAGCGUUUUAUCAA